AGAGACGAUUGAAAGUGACACUCUGAUCAGAGCGCGCUCCUUUGCGCCGUUUAACGCUGCUGAGAAGCUGGAAGUCAGUCCGCUGCUGUCUGCUUUUCUCAGUCAACUUUCUGUUUUCUUCUCUUUUGGGAUUUUUCUUUUUCUCUCGGACUGUGCGUGUGUGAGUGCGUGUUGACUUUCAGCGAUUGCGUCGCACUGUCUUUUUGCGUUUUUUUCCCUCUCUCUAUCUAUUCCGAGGAUGAAGCCAGGAGUUCAGUCAGGAGCUGGUUCGUGACAUAAAAGGACGACAGAAGGGAAAAAAGUCCGUGAAAAUAUCAAAAUUGUGCAAAAUUCGGUUCUAAAGUCCGGUCCACGACUCCGGAACUGACAGCACUUCUGCUGCUGCUGGCUGACAAACUCUCAUCCUCCGUCCGCCUCUUACCACAGACACCAGCGCGCGCACAUCACACACACUUGUAACUACUUUUUAUUUUUCCUCUGUGGAUCUCCGAUCCGGGUUCGAGUCCAGAUUCCGUGCAGCAGCAGCGUGAUCCGCCGAACCAAAACCCAGCCCUGGAUUCACUACUGCUGAUCAAUGGACAGAGCCUCCUCAGCGGGCAGCAGCGCUACAGACACGCCGUGAACAACACAUUUUCUCUGGCUGGAGCUCCUCUGGGGGUUUGGAGGAGGAUGGAGCGAGGAGGGGAGAGUCCCAUCACCCAGGACAGUCCUGAGCGAAGGGGAGGCAGCCCAGAACUCAGUGGCAUCCCGCCACCUGCAAAAAAGGGCCGGCUGGAGCUCAAUGGGAGCCCCACCGGGCCCCGCAUGCGGCACAAUGGAGCCCUUCCACGACCCCUCGGAGGUCUGAUGAUUCCAGUCUUCUGUGUGGUGGAGCAGUCGGAUGGAGGGAUCCCGACAGACGGAUGUGAGGGAAGGGAGGAGCAUGCAGAGUUUGUGUUGGUCAGGAAGGAUAUUCUCUUCUCUCAGCUGGUGGAGACAGCGCUCUUAGCCCUUGGCUACUCCCACAGCUCUGCUGCACAAGCCCACGGUAUCAUCAAGGUGGGAAGGUGGAACCCUCUGCCCAUCCACUUUCUGACUGAUGCUCCAGAAGCCACCGUUGCCGACAUGUUGAUGGAGGUCUACCACAUGGUCACGCUACACAUCCAAUUACACAGUUUUUCAAAGCUGGAGGAUCUGCCCUCUGAGCAGUGGAACCACGCAACUGUCAGGAACGCUCUCAAAGAGCUGCUGAAGGAAAUGAACCAAAGCACUCUGGCCAAAGAGUGUCCACUGUCACAGAGUAUGAUUUCCUCCAUCGUAAAUAGCUCCUACUAUGCCAACGUCUCCACAGCCAAAUGUCAAGAGUUUGGUCGUUGGUACAAGAAGUAUAAGAAAAUCAAAGGUGAUUACCUAGAGAAGAUGUGGCCUGGACGAGAAACUGCUGACAUUAAAAUUGAGAGGGACAACAUGGCGGACUUCUGCGUGUUGGGUCAGAGACCUCCUCCUCACCUUGCCGGUCUGGCCCAGCUCAGUCACCUGAGUGCUGGAAGUCCCCUCCUGAAAGCUGGGUCCGGAGAUCCACAGGCACCAUCGCAGCCGCCCCAGCAGCCUCCUCCUCCACAGCAACAACCCUCACCUCAUGGGCCCCUCCAUCACAGUCCUCCUCUCCGUACGGGGCAGGUGCCUCCUCCUCCCCCACCCCCCCCACCCGGUGCCCUGCAGCCCCUGCUGGGACCAGGUGGGCUGCUCUCCCCUCAACUCUCCCCUCAGCUGGUUCGCCAGCAGCUCGCCAUGGCCCACCUCAUCAACCAGCAGCUAGCGGUGAGCCGCCUGCUGGCCCAUCAACACCCACAAGCCCUCAACCAGCAGUUCCUCAACCACCCACCCAUCCCGCGGGGCUCAACUAAAAGUGGAGGCGACCAUCCUGGGAGCAACCCGUCGGCUGCUGAAGUCUCCUCUGAAAUCUACCAGCAGGUCAGAGACGAGCUGAAGAGAGCCAGCGUUUCUCAGGCCGUGUUCGCCCGCGUCGCUUUUAACCGUACACAGGGUUUGCUCUCAGAGAUCCUGAGGAAGGAGGAGGACCCUCGCACAGCCUCGCAGUCUCUGCUGGUCAAUCUGAAAGCCAUGCAGAACUUCCUCAUUCUGCCUGAGAGCGAGAGAGACCGAAUCUACCAGGAGGAGAGAGAGCGCACCAUGAACCCAACAGUUGGCCUUCCUGCUUCCAACUCCUCCAACCCGGGCGCCGCUCGCCUCUCACAGAAAGUGUGGGAGAGGAGCCUGGAUGACCAGAUAACCCCUGAUACCUGGGCCUCCAUCUGGAAGAACAAGACCAAGAUCUCCAACUCUCCGAAGCCUUCAGGCCCGGCAGCGGACAUCCCUCUGAAGCUGGAGUCGCUGGUCAACAUCACAGCCGGCGUCUACGAUGAGAUUCAGCAGGAGAUGAAGAGAGCGAAGGUGUCCCAGGCUCUGUUCGCCAAGGUGGCCGCCAACAAGAGUCAGGGUUGGCUGUGCGAGCUGCUCAGGUGGAAGGAGAACCCCAGCCCGGAGAACCGAACUCUGUGGGACAACCUGUGCACCAUACGGAGGUUCCUGACCCUGCCCCAGGCCGACAGAGACCUGGCGUAUGAGGAGGAGUCCCGCCACCAUCACAGCGAGAGGCUGCACACCGUCCUCCACCUGCCGCAGGACACACAGCUCUUCUGUCUUUCUCAUCAGGCACUUCAUAGGCCCCCCCCAACCCCGAUGAAGGAACACCACCUGUCUCCAAUGCGUGAGGAGCCGUUACCGGCCUCUGUGAAUGAAGAGAGGUCGCAGAAUGUUGGAGCUGGGGCUGCAGGCGGGUGUCCACCCAGCAAUGUUGGAGGCGCUGGGAGCAACAAGAAGCCACGGUCGCGCACUAAGAUUUCCCUGGAAGCCUUGGGCAUCCUGCAGAGCUUCAUCCAGGAUGUCGGCCUGUACCCUGACCAGGAGGCCAUCCACACCCUGUCGGCACAGCUUGACCUCCCCAAACACACGAUCAUCAAGUUCUUCCAGAACCAGCGCUACCACGUCAAGCACCACGGCCGCCUCAAGGAGCUGGGCGAGGGGGCUGCCGCCAGCGGAGGGGUUGAUGUUAGCGAAUACAGGGAUGAGGAGCUGCUCUCAGGCUCAGAGGACCCAGAGUCCAGCGAGGAUGGAGCUGAGGAGAUCUUCCAGACCUCAGAGGGGAGCAGUGGCAGCACAGGGGGGCUGAACCAGCCUCCCACCUCCUCCAGCUCCAUCUCCAGCCAGUUGUCUUUAGGGACCAACGUGUCUCAGGAGGAGGGCAAGGACAAGGGGCGGCUCGGUGGCCCUCUGGCCCCCGAAAGCUCUUCAUCCAGUCCUCGCGAGCAGACUGAGUACCAGAGGUAGAGACUAGCAAACAGGAGGAAAGAGAAGAAACUGGAAAACCAAACGAGGAACUCGUCAUGGAGGACAGCGACAUAGAAACUGUGUGAGACAUUAAUGUCUAUGCAGGCACAUUGACCAAGAAACCAACAGCUGAAAUACUGUACGAGACUGAACCAACCAGAUGGACCGAUUAUCGUGACCAUCUCAGAUUAGUGGCGUGAAUUUACCUCAGUAAACGUCAGCAGGUUGAUGACAGUGGUCGUAAAACUGUGACACAAUAUCCCCAGAAAUGUUUUCAUAUUUCACCCCAGCAAGUCAGACCUUUGAUUUAUCACAUCAUUCUCCUUUUUAUUAACCAGUAAAGACACUCCAAUGAGGUGGGGCUCUCUUGCUCAUACCCUCUACAAUCUGAGCACAGUAAUAUCACAUUUCCCAGAUAGUGACAAAAACCUGGGGCCUUCAGAGACCAAAAAGAGAAAGAAAAACAGUCCUAAAAAUCCUCAGGAGACACAAAGACUUUGCUUUUGCCUGAGAAUGCAGGCCUGAUUCGCUGUGCAUCUAAAAGCUUUAUUUCAUCCCCAGCCUCACAAUCACACUCCAGACUCCUAUUUAGCACUUAUUGUGACGAACCCCUUCCAUCCUCCCGCCCCUGCAGGCCAGCCUGGCAGGAGGCCGCCGGACCGAGAGGAUGUGGCAACGACGGACACUCUGGCCUUUCCUGGCACCACCCACGAAUGUGUGGUGAAAAAGACAGCGUGGAGCUUCAGCAGCCAAACAAACAGUCACUUUAUGUGCAGCAGUCCACCCCCCAACCCCCACCCUGUCCUUCUUCUGUCUAAUUGGUGCCCACAAGUCUUGUUUCACCACACCUCCCUGCACUUAAACUUCACCAACCCUAUUUAUUGCUAUCUUUAUCCAUGAUUAUUAUUAUCAUUAUUGUUAUUAUUGUUGUUAUUAUGGUUAGAAUUGCUGUCGCUGCGGGCUAUUUUUAGUUUUUAUUUCCAUGGUUUGAAAUAUUGGUUUUCAGAACUGGGCGUUUGUUUGGAUGCAAGAUGCUCUGCCCUGAAAGGAAAGAGAAAGAAAAAAGGAGGCGGUGGUAAAAGAAAACACAAAGAAACAGUUACUGAGUGUUAAUAAAAUGUCCUGUCACAUUGUAUUAUGUCUUCUUUUCAUUGCUCUGUUUUCCAAAAAUAGUAAAUAAGACUUGUUAAAGAGAGAAAUAGUUAAAAAAGAAGAAGUGUGCUUCUCUUCUCUUGCUGCAUUUGAAGACAAUCUACUUUUUGAGCCAUGAAAGAAAAGUGGCAGGUUUGACUGUAAAUACCCAACGUGGGACAAAUUGUUAUUACUCUACUUUCAUUUUUGCUGAGUGACUUUAAAUGUUUGAGCCAGUUCAAAAUUCACACACAAGACUAUUUAAAAAGAAUUUCUUCCUUAUUGUUUGUGGUCUGGUGCAGUUGUGUACGUGUACAGUAUGUUUGAAACACAAUCUGAACGUGGACGGCGUCUCGUUUUGGCCGUCCUGAUUGGCUGCUACGCUCAAACAGAUGUCCUGCCUUUUCAAUCAUUACUCCGUAUGAUGAUAUCGUGUUUUUCUGUAUGACAGGAAUCAGGGUUAGACUCAAAACACAGUUCCAAUGAAAUGUUAUUUCAUCAGUGUUGAAGUGAAUUAAAAUUUGUGAAUUGAAAAUUGUGUUG